UUGUCUGGAAAUUCUUUUUCUUUAGGUAUUCGGCAUGUGUUCAUACACAAAUACUCCAGCUUACUAUCAGCUUAUGGAAUAGCAUUAGCCAAGGUGGUGAAUGAAGCACAAGAGCCAGCCAAUAUCGUGUUCUCGAAAGAUACCAUGCCAGUAAUAGCUGAGAGGUUCUCUUUCCUUUCUCAAAAAGCAGCAAGCGAACUUCAGGAUCAGGGCUUUGCUGAAGUCCAUUGUGACUACUUUUUGCACAUGAGGUUUGCUAGGACUGAUUGUGCUAUCAUGAUCACGGCAGACUACGAUCCAAAGAGUGUGAACUCGCUGACGAACUUUGUGGAAGCCUUCAACAUCACCUACAAACGGGAGUUUGGAUUCAUUUUGAAAGAUCGCGAUAUCAUCAUCGAUGAUUUUCGGGUUCGGGCGGUGGCAUCAUCUGGGCUCGAGCACAAGGAAAGCAUAGCUGCGGCCGACGAUCCUGAGCAUCCGAAAACCGUCGAAACUACCAAGACAUUCUUUAAGAGUUUACUUCGUAUGGAGAUCAGGGCUGAGGUGCCGAUGGGUCAGGGAGAUGGCGUAUGCUCUAAUAUGUUCACAAUUCAAUCCAUUUGCAAUAGGAUACCGGUACUGUGGUAUAAG